AUGCUCAACACGAUCGAUGAAUUCACCCGCGACUGCCUCGCAUCCGGUGGCGCGCCGGCUCUCAAGUCCGUCGAUGUUAUCGAGUUGCUGGCGGAGUUGUUCAUCCUGCGUGGUGCCCCAGGGUAUAUCCGCUCCGACAAUGUCCGGAAUUCAUCGCCAAGCUGUUCAAGAGUGCUCAACGCGCGCGACGGCGGCAUCAACGGCGUCAAGAUCACCUGGGAAGAGUGCGAGACGAAGUACAACACCAAGCUGGGCGUCGAGUGCUACGAAAGGCUGAAAAACAGAGGCGCAACGGGCGCCUCGCUGAUCAAUCCCUACAGCACCGGCAUCACCUAUCAGCUCAUCCCCAAGGCGUCGGUGGACAAGCUGCCCAUCCACUCGAUGGGCUACGGGCGCACCGCGGCGGCUGACGGGCGCAUCUUCAAGUGGACCUUCAAUUUCCCCACCACGUACUGGAGCCAGGUAUCCGCUUUUGUCAAAUACGUCGGGCAGCAGGAAGGCGGCAUGGAGGCGCUGAAGGGCAAGAAAAUCGCCUUGGUGUACCACAACAGCCCGUACGGCAAGGAGCCGAUUCCGACGCUGACGAUUCUCGCCGAAAAUACGGCUACGACCUCAAGCUGCUCGCCAUCGAUCAUCCGGGGCAGGAGCAGAAAUCCACUUGGCUGCAGGUUCGCCGCUACCGUCCGGACUGGAUUUUCAUGUGGGGCUGGGGCGUCAUGA